UCAUUAUUAUUAUUAUUAUUUAUUCAGCGGCCGAAAUUUUGGUUUCAGGUAGAGACUAGAGAGACGGAAAACAAAAGCACAAGACUCUCUCACUACCUAACCGUUGAAGCCUCACCCACCCAUUCUUUUGAGAGAAAGAAAGAUUUUUAGAGAGAGAGAGAGAGAGAAUGGCAACAGCUGCGUGCAGUUCGUCAACUCUUGUCCCGUCCCAGAUUAGUGGGUUUGGUGGAGGUCUUAGGCAAUCUCGUUCUCAUCCCAAUUCUCUCACCUUUACAAGGGGAAAGAAUCGAACUAUAGUGAAGGCAAGCUCACGGGUGGAUAAAUUCUCAAAAAGCGGCAUAAUUGUUUCUCCAUCUAUUCUCUCUGCUAAUUUUGCGAAGCUGGGAGAGCAGGUAAAAGCAGUGGAGCUGGCAGGUUGUGACUGGAUUCAUGUUGAUGUAAUGGAUGGUCGUUUUGUUCCAAAUAUAACAAUUGGACCUCUUGUGGUUGAUGCAUUGCGCCCCGUAACAGACCUUCCAUUGGAUGUACAUUUGAUGAUUGUUGAACCCGACCAGAGAGUGCCUGAUUUUGUGAAGGCAGGAGCAGACAUAGUUAGCGUCCAUUGUGAGCAACCUUCCACCAUCCAUUUGCAUCGUACAGUUAAUCAAAUUAAAAGUUUGGGAGCCAAAGCUGGAGUUGUUCUAAAUCCUGCUACACCACUAACUACAAUAGAAUAUGUCCUUGAUGUGGUUGAUCUGGUCUUGAUUAUGUCGGUGAACCCCGGAUUUGGUGGGCAGAGCUUUAUUGAGAGCCAAGUUAAGAAAAUCUCAGAUUUAAGAAGAAUGUGUGCAGAGAAGGGGGUGAACCCAUGGAUUGAAGUAGAUGGUGGAGUUGGUCCCAAAAAUGCAUUCAAGGUGAUUGAGGCUGGAGCCAAUGCUUUGGUUGCUGGUUCUGCUGUCUUUGGAGCUAAAGAUUAUGCUGAAGCUAUAAAAGGAAUAAAAAGCAGCAAAAGACCCGAAGCUGUUGCAGUAUGAAAUUUGAAGUCCAGAAGCUCUUGUUCAACUCAAUCUUCAGUUCACUUGCCCUUCAUUCUCAUAUAAAGAGGUGCAACCAGACAUAGCAGCAAGUUGUUGGCUUCCUGUUGUUGUCAGAUACACGGUUUGUCUGCUGUCAUAGAUGAAAUGAAUAAGAAACAUUGAAUUCUGAGUGCUGUUGUGAUGCUUGAUUUAUGUAACAUAGCUUGUAUAGGAAUACAAUGUUUCGACUUAUCUUCACCGCUAAGCCCUGUAACAAUAUUAUUAUCCAUCUGUGUCCAGUUUAAUAAACGGAAAAUUAGUCUAA